AUGUCUUGUUCUGCCGUAAAUUGCACGAAUCGAAGUGGUCAGGGUGUACGUCUAUUCAGAUUUCCGGCACAACUUGAACGCAGACAAAUUUGGAUAAAUAAUACCAGAAGAACUCAAUGGCAACCUAGAGAAACUUCUCGUCUGUGUGAAGUUCAUUUUGAAGAGAACCAAUUCGAAAGAAAACGGAUGGAUGGCUGGAUUAAAUUAAAAUGGGACGCGAUUCCUACAAUUUUUAAUGUUCCAAAUCCACCGAAGAGGGUGAUGACAAAAAGAAAAUCCAAAUACAAGAUACUUGAUCCUCCUUUGGAUGUUCAACCAAAUGAAAUUGAAAAUACAACUGGUGCAAGUAUGCAGUCAUUGCCGUCUAUACCUGAUGAUACUACAUUGAGUGUUGGACCAAAUGAAUUUGAAAAUACAACUGAUGAAAAUACGCAGUUAUUUCAGUCUUCAUUACAAAUGGAAAAUGAAGCAUUGAGAAAGGAAAAUGACCGUUUAAAAAGAGCAAAUGAGCAGUUUGUUAAAUAUCGAGAACAGACAAAUGAAAAUUUUAAACAACAACUAGAGGAUCAAUCAAAGUUGUUAGAAACAUUUAAAACAACUAUGUAUGGUACUGCUACUCAAAAGAAAAGAAAAAUUUGA